AUGGUGGGCUGUGGGAUCCCAGCUUUGAGCCUCUUCCUGCUGAUGCAGGGCUCAGUAGAUGGGAAUGGCAUCCAGGGAUUCUUCUAUCCGUGGAGCUGUGAAGGAGACCCGGGAGACCGGGAGAGCUGUGGGGGUCAGGCGGCCAUCAAGAACCCCAAUCUCUGUCUGCGUCUACGAUGCUGCUACCGAGACGGGUUCUGCUACCACCAGCGGCUAGAUGAAAACCUGCGGUGGAAACACAUGUGGGCGCUGAGCUGGUCGUGCGCAGGCCUUCUCUUCCUGAUCUGCAGCAUCAUCUUGUUCUGGUGGGCUGAGAAACAGGAUAUGCUGCGCCUCCCCGGGUUCCUGCAGGGCCAAGGCAAAUCGUCCAGGGCCGUGUCUCUGUCGUCCCAGGACCAGGGGAGUCGGAACAAGAAAAAGGCCUCCAUGGGCAGCGCAUCAAACACUCUUCCUUUGAGGAGUACCCUGGACAACUCAGGGGGCACCGAAGGGGGUGAAGAAACAGAAGGGGAGGAUGAAGAUUAGGGGUGCCUCUGGGGGGACCCCUCAAUAAAGAUAUAGCAUAUAGCCCUGGUUGGUGUGGCUCAGUGGAUUGAGCGCCGGCCUGCAAACUAAAGCGUCACUGGUUCGAUUCCCAGUCAGGGCACAGGCCUGGGUUGCAGGCCAGGUCCCCAGUAGGGGGUGCACGA